AAAUUCAUGAACUCCUAUUUGUGAUGCAUGUUGUAUUUUAGUUGAGUUUUCUCAAUUUUUUUGAACAAUUCAAAAACUUUUUGUGGUAGAAAUAGCUGAGAGAGCAAAACAAGCCUGUGCUUCGGGCACAUUUAAAAAUAUUAGAAAGACAAAGAUGGCCUACCCAAACCUCAGAACCCCAUAAUCAAUAUUUUGUCUGGAACCUUUUUAAGUCUUAGCACCAAUCCUGCUCUUCCAAUAACAUUUUUUGUGGCUGAAUUUAAUAUGGAUUUUUGAUUUUUCAAACUACUCUUAUAAGUAGAUAGUGAUUUUUCUUUGAUGAGAUCUCUUAUUUGAAUCUUCAACAUUUAUAUAUGAUAUUAUUCUAUAGUGUGUUACAUGAGCUAUGAUUUUUUUUAUCUAUGAUAUUUUUUAAUUGUAUAGUACUAUGUGAUUAUCAUUAAGUACACAUUUAUGUUUCUGUUGACUUUUUCUAUCUACAUUACCCUGAUAUACAGUAAUCAACCACAAAAAACUUCACUAUGUUUUGCAAAAUUUAAUUUAUACUAACAAAAAAGAUGAACCUCAUUUGUGGGCAAUCAGAUUGUGCAAUAAGAAGUUCAGAGCCAUGCACAGCUCAGUUUUCAUCUGUAAUGCAUCCUUCUUCAUGUGUAAACCAUGUCACCUUUGUUUGUUUUGACCUGCUGCUUCUUGUUGUGUUCUUAUGGAGCUUCAUCUGCCAUUUGUUUUCCAAAAAACUCGAGCUACGAGCUCAAUAUAGACCUAUUUCAACCUGGCAGAUUUUAUCAGCUGUUUUUAAUGGGUGUUUGGGACUUGUUUAUAUUGGACUUGGGAUUUGGCAUUUAGAGGAAAACUUAAGAAUUGAUCAUUCAAUAUUCCCAAUUCAUUGGUGGGUUUUAUAUUUCUUGAAUGGAGUUACAUGGUUAUUAAUAGGACUAAAAGCAAGCCUUAAAGGGGAGUCAUUCUCAAAACUUACAUUGCAUUUCUUGUCCAUUUUGGCUUUCCUCUGUGCUGGGAUUUCCUGUUUUAUAGCUUUGUUUGCGGCCAUAGUGAACCAUGAAAGAGUGACAUUCAAGGUAGUCUUGGAUGUUCUGUCUUUUACAGGAGCUAGUUUGCUGUUGUUGUGUACUUGCAAGGGGUACAACACUGAAGAUUAUGGGGUGACUGAACAUCAGAGAACCCUUUAUACAUCUCUAAAUGAAAUUGAUUCCACUGCCCAAGUUACCCCAUUUGCUAAAGCUGGAUUGUUUAGUAAAAUGUCAUUUUGUUGGCUGAACCCUUUGAUGAAAUUCGGUAAGGAAAAGAUUCUUGAAGAGGAGGAUUUACCUAAAUUACGGGACAUAGAUAGAGCGGGAUUCUGUUACUCGCAAUUUCUUGAGCGAUUGAGUAAAUACGAGAAGUCUGAAAUUCCAUCAGAAUCUUCAAUCUUGUGGACAAUUGUUGGAUGCCACUGGACGGAGAUUCUGGUUUCGGGUUUGUUUGCACUUCUUAAGAUACUUGCAGUGUUAGCUGGCCCACUUUUGCUGAAUUCGUUCAUCGAGGUUGCGGAGGGCAAAGUAGCUUUCAGAUUUGAAAGCUAUAUUCUGGCUAUUUCACUUUUCCUUGCAAAGAUGUUGGAAUCUUUGUCACAAAGACAAUGGUAUUUUCGGAGUAGAUUGAUUGGUCUUCGAGUGCAAUCCAUGCUCACUGCAGCACUUUACAGUAAGCAACUAAGAUUAUCAAAUGCUGCAAGGAGCGUACAUUCUGGUGGUGAGAUAAUGAAUCAUGUGACAGUAGAUGCCUACAGGAUCGGAGAAUUUCCUUUUUGGUUCCAUCAAACUUGGGCUACAUGCCUUCAGAUUUGCUUUGCAUUACUUAUUAUAAUCAAAUCAGUUGGACUUGCAACCAUUGCAGCACUACUAGUGAUUGUAGUGACCGUGCUUUGCAACACUCCGCUUGCUAAGUUACAGCACAAGUUCCAAACUAAAUUGAUGGUUGCUCAAGAUGAGAGACUGAAGGCUUGCACAGAGGCUAUUGUAAACAUGAAGGUGCUGAAGUUGUAUGCCUGGGAAACUCACUUCAAGAAUGUAGUUGAAAGAUUGCGUAACGAUGAAUAUGAAAGGUUAUCAGUGGUGCAAUCACAGAAGGCUUACAACUUUAUUCUCUACUGGACGUCUCCUGUAUUGGUAUCUGCCGCUACAUUUGUGACAUGUUAUUUCCUUGGAAUUCCUCUACAUGCCAGCAAUGUUUUUACGUUUGUUGCAACUUUGGGUCUGGUUCAAGAGCCGAUUAGAGCCAUCCCUGAAAUUAUUGGGGUAGUGAUUCAAGCGAGAGUGUCAUUUUCAAGAAUUGCCGAGUUUCUCAAAGCACCAGAGCUUCAGACUGAAAAUGUCAGAAAGAACACUACGAGUAGGAAAAACCACAACAUUCGAGUGAAGUCUGCAAAUCUUUCAUGGGACAUAAACUCAUCAAAGCCAACCUUACGAAAUAUAAAUCUAGAUGUUCAUCCAGGUGAAAAAAUAGCUAUAUGUGGAGAAGUUGGUGCCGGAAAAUCAACAUUAUUAGCAGCAAUUCUUGGGGAAGUACCAUAUACAGAUGGAACUGUAGAAGUUUAUGGAAAGAUUGCUUAUGUUUCCCAGACGGCUUGGAUACAAACAGGGACGUUACGUGAAAACAUUCUUUUUGGAUCUAGCAUGAAUGACAUGAGAUACCAAGAGACUCUUCACAGGUGUUCAUUAGUGAAGGACCUUGAACUUCUUCCUUAUGGUGACUUGACUGAGAUAGGAGAAAGAGGGGUUAAUUUAAGUGGUGGGCAGAAGCAACGUAUUCAACUUGCUCGUGCAUUAUACCAAGAUGCUGACAUUUACCUUUUGGAUGAUCCGUUUAGUGCAGUUGAUGCACAAACAGCAACUAAUCUCUUCAAUGAAUAUGUUAUGGAGGCUCUUUCGGGAAAGACUGUCGUACUUGUGACACACCAAGUUGAUUUUAUUCCUGCAUUUCAUUGCUGUCUGAUGAUGUCAGAUGGGAAAAUUCUUAAGGCAGGCACAUACCAUGAGUUAUUAGCUUCAAGUUCACAGUUUCUGGACCUUGUUAACGCCCACCAAACGACUGUCGGUUCUGAAGCUCAUGUUGAAGUUAGCACAUUAAGAAAAAGCAAAUAUUCUAAUACUAAUGAGAUUGAGAAGCAAUAUGAAUCCGCAAAAGGCGAAACACAGUUAAUUGGUAAAGAAGAAAAAGAAGUGGGAAACACUGGCUUAAAGCCAUACCUAAUAUACCUAAAUCAAAGGAAAGGCUAUUUGUACUUCUCUAUCCUUGCUCUUUCUCAUAUUGCCUUCUUGUGCAGCCAAAUAGUAGGAAACACUUGGAUGGCAUCUUCCGUAGAUAAUCCUCAAGUCAACAAAUUUACCUUGAUCAUGGUUUAUGUCAUUAUUGGAUUAUGCACACCAUUAAUCUUACUCGUAAGAUCUCUCACAGUGGUUACAUUAGGUAUGGAAUCAUCAAAAUCUUUAUUUUCACAGCUGCUCAAGUCUCUAUUUCGAGCGCCAAUGUCAUUUUAUGACUCUACCCCUCUUGGAAGGAUACUCAGUCGGAUCUCUUCUGAUUUGAGCCUUGUUGAUCUUGAUAUAGCCUUUAGUAUACAAACAGCUUUUGGGGGUACUACAUAUACAUUCUCUGCUCUAGUUAUCUUGGCUGUCAUUACUUGGCAGGUGUUAUUUGUCUCCUUACCUGCAGUUUAUAUGGCAAUACUACUGCAAAGAUACUACUUUGCAACUGCAAAAGAGUUGAUGAGACUCAACGGUACAACCAAGUCUAAGGUAGCGAGCCAUCUAGCUGAAUCUGUAGCUGGAGCCAUGACAAUAAGAGCUUUUAAGGAGGAAGAACGUUUUAUUUCUAAAACUCUUAAUCUUAUUGACACAAAUGCGAGCCCAAACUUCCAUAAUUUCGCAGCUAAUGAAUGGCUGAUUCAUAGGAUUGAGAUCCUCGGUGCUACAAUCCUUGCAGCAGCAGCGCUAUGCAUGCUUUUGCUUCCUCCUGACACCUUUAGCUCAGGAUUCAUUGGCAUGGCACUAUCAUAUGGUCUAGCAUUGAAUAUGGCUAUGGUUUUUGCAAUCCAAAAUCAAUGCACAUUGGCCAAUCACAUCGUAUCUGUCGAAAGGCUUAGCCAAUAUAUGGAUAUAGAAAGUGAAGCUCCUGAAUUUAUCAAAAACUCCCACCCACCACUAAACUGGCCAUCAGUUGGUAAAGUGGACAUACUCAAUCUACAGAUAAGAUAUAGACCAAAUACACCAUUGAUUCUUCGAGGAAUUAGUUGUACAUUUGAAGGUGGAGAUAAAAUUGGUAUUGUCGGUAGGACCGGCAGUGGGAAGACUACCCUAAUAGGGGCACUAUUUCGAUUAGUGGAACCAGUGGGAGGGAAAAUUAUAGUUGAUGGUAUUGAUAUAUGCUCGAUAGGACUCCAUGAUCUAAGGUCGCAUUUCGGGAUCAUUCCUCAAGAUCCUACUCUAUUCAAUGGAACAGUUAGAUUCAAUUUGGAUCCAUUAUCUCAGCAUGAUGAUGAAGAAAUAUGGAAGGUACUCGAUAAGUGUCAGCUUAAAGAAGCUGUUGACGAGAAAAACCAAGGGCUAGAUUCUCUAGUUAUGGAUGAUGGGUGCAAUUGGAGCAUGGGACAACGGCAGUUGUUCUGUUUAGGACGCGCUCUAUUGAAAAGAAGCAGAGUUUUAGUGCUUGAUGAAGCGACUGCAUCAAUAGAUAACACAACAGACAUGAUCCUGCAGAAAACAAUAAGAUCAGAAUUUGGUAGUUCCACUGUUAUCAUCGUAGCCCACAGGAUACCAACUGUAAUGGACUGCACAAAGGUUCUUGCAAUUAGUGAUGGGAAACUGAUGGAGUAUGAUGAGCCAAUGAAACUAAUGAAAAAAGAAGGUUCUCUGUUCAAGCAACUUGUGAUGGAAUACUGGUCUCAUAGUCACAUUAACAAAAGCCAUGUCCAUGAACAAGAAAACGAGUUGUUUAAGGAAUAAUGAAUAAACAUUGCUACUGAAAUUCAGUUUUAUUUUAUCCUUAUAAUGCCAAUUGCCAAAUUACAGUAUUUAUUUUUUUUUUAACAAAAAAAACACUUUCCUUUUCAAAA